AUUAUUAUUAUUAUUAUUAUUAUUAUUAUUAUUGAAAGAACUACAUUUCUAUAUAGGAAAGUAAGGGGUCUACCUAUCUUAAGUAUCUAUCUGGAGACAUCUUCUCUCUCUCCAUGCUCACAGGAGGAACAAAAUUGAGACUUGAAUCAAAAUAGGUGUCUUCCUAAGACGUAUCAGAAGUAGGAUGAGUGAAUAGAGACAAGCAGACAAAAUAGCCAAUAGCUGAGGUUCUCUUCUUCCAGUUGUGGGUAAGUCUUCCACAGAAGAAGGCACCAAGAUACACACUGGUAGAUUCCAACAGGUUUUUAUUGUACAGAAUAGCAGAAUCUUCUCUGUAGCCCAUUUAUAUAGGGGCUCUCACAUACCAGAGGGUAAUUGAAGUUUUAUGGCUGGCAUCUGUUCUUUGUCAGCACUUGCUCUGUGUCCGGAGAUGUCAAAGAUCGGAGAUCAUGACACGCUGCCAACUAUCUCAUUUGCCUAUCUGUGUUCUUGAUGAGGACUAUAAACCUGUGUAGGAUGUGGUUGAGAUCCAACAAAAGGUAAGCUUCUGAGAGCGUGGGUUAUAUAUUGUUGAGAAUAUAGCGGUCUUCCCUGUAGUUCUGGUUUGCAAUGGGCUGUUGCAAAUGGGAGCGAGAAGAAACCAGACGUGGAGCAAAGCUUCAGGAUUUGUAGACUUCAUUGUCUCAUGCUGCAAAGAACCGAGAGGACGCCUCUUCCUUUGUUCACAUCACGGGAUAACAUGCCAUGGGACGAGUAACCUGUUAGUGUAUCAUGCCAUCUAUUUGAUCCAGAUGAGUCUACUACGUGUUGUAGAGAUCCUUCCCUUCUCUUGGGAUUGAAAGACCAGGUGAGCAUCUUGCAUUUUUAUAUCUCAGCUUAUCUAAAAUUGACCAAUGGCUGAGGAUCUUCCUCACCUUCCACCCCCACUUUCCUCACCUUCCACCCCCACAUAUCUGUCUUGCCCAGUCCUUGCAAUUCCACAAAGUGUUGAUUAAAGCCUCGCUUCCCUAAUAGUGUUGUAAAGUUGUAAUAGUAAAGGAGAGAAUUCCAGGAGAGCAAUAAAACAAGCCUUUUAUUGUCAUCACAGCUGAUGAUAAGGCAAAACAGCCAUAGGUACCCACUCUAGUUGGUCCGUACUACCGUCGCAACUAUGUCGCAACAAAGGAUUUUAUAUCUCAGCUUAUCUCAAAUUGACCAAUGGCUGAGGAUCUUCCCCACCUUCCACCCCCACUUUGGCAUAAGUGAUACCUGUGACCUCACUUGUUGAUUUCAAGCCAAAAAUCCGUACUACCGUAUGCAAAUGGCCGUCGCAACAAAGGAUUUUGUAUCUCAGCUUAUCUAAAAUUGACCAAUGGCUGAGGAUCUUCCCCACCUUCCACACUUACUUGGCAUAAGUGAUACCUGUGACCUCACUUGUUGAUUUCAAGCCAAAAAUCCGUACUACCGUAUGCAAAUGGCCGUCGCAACAAAGGAUUUUGUAUCUCAGCUUAUCUAAAAUUGACCAAUGGUUGAGGAUCUUCCCCACCUUCCACCCCCACUUUGGCAUAAGUGAUACCUGUGACCUCACUUGUUGAUUUCAAGCUAACUUUUGGUCUUGGAACAUUCUGGAGAAAGGCACCAGCUCACAGGAAGGGAGGGGCAUAUGCACAGGCAAAGCUACAUAGGCAAUAGUUUACUAUUUUCUGGCUUAUAGACCCUACAAUAGCGUACAUUGGAACAGAGUCAAAGACAGAAAUCUGGAGGAAAGCUUGUACUUUAGUGCCUAAGAAAACGACUCCAUGGAGUCCACGGUAUUGUUUCCUUUAGACCAUGGGUCCGUAAACUAAAGGCCUGCAGUUCAGAUUUGACCAGGACGCCUGGGCUAAACUUUUAACUUAAGAUCACCCCAAGACAGACAACAACAAUCCAAAUUAAAUUGACUAUCUUAUCAGUCAAAAGCAGACCCACAUUUCUCACUGAAAUGCUGGCCAGUUUAUGUCGUUUCAAACCGUUCCUCGUUUGAAAUAGAGUCUCACUUAUCCAAGAUAAACGGGCCAGCAGAAGCUUGGAUAAGCGAAUAUCUUGGAUAAUAAGGAGGGAUUAAGGAAAAGCCUAUUGGGUUAUGAUUUUACAAAUUAAGCACCAAAACAUCAUGUUAGACAACAAAUUUGACAGAAAAGGUAGUUCAAUAUGCAGUAAUGUUAUGUUGUAAUUACUGUAUUUAUGAAUUUAGCACCAAAAUAUCAUGAUAUAUUGAAAACAUUGACUACAAAAAUGGCUUGGAGAAUCCAGAAGCUUGGAUAAGCGAGGCUUGGAUAAGUGAGACUCUACUGUAUUUACGAAUUUAGCACCAAAAUAUCAUAUUGAAAACAUUGACUACAAAAAUGGCUUGGAUUAUCCAGAGGCUUGGAUAAGUGAGACUCUACUAUACUGUAUUUACGAAUUUAGCACCAACAUAUCAUGAUAUAUUGAAAACAUUGACUACAAAAAUGGCUUGGAUAAGCGAGGCUUGGAUAAGUGAGACUCUACUGUACUGUAUUUAUGAAUUUAGCACCAAAAUAUCAUGAUAUAUUGAAAACAUUGACUACAAAAAUGGCUUGGAUAAGUGAGACUCUACUAUACUGUAUUUACGAAUUUAGCACCAACAUAUCAUGAUAUAUUGAAAACAUUGACUACAAAAAUGGCUUGGAUAAGCGAGGCUUGGAUAAGUGAGACUCUACUAUACUGUAUUUACGAAUUUAGCACCAACAUAUCAUGAUAUAUUGAAAACAUUGACUACAAAAAUGGCUUGGAUAAGCGAGGCUUGGAUAAGUGAGACUCUACUGUACUAUGUUGUUCUUUCGUGCACUAUAAAUUAGGUAUGUGCAGUGUGUAUAGGAAUCUGUUUGACUUCUUAACAGUCUGAUGAAAAAGCAUGAUCCUGUUUUGAUUUGAAAUGCAAAAGCUUUCACACAUCUAAUCCCAAAGCCUUCUGACUUGUGUCCUGAGGCCGACGGAGCUCUCCUUAGUCAACUCCUGUUAACCAUCUGCUUUUCCGGAUCCAGCUCCCGUCCAUUGGGACCUGACACCUGCUAUUAGAUCCUCCAAUCCGACCUUUGGAUUAGGAGGAAACGGGAUUCGCCCACAAAUAGAGUCGGAGGAGGAGACUGGAAGCGGGGAGGAGGGGUGGGGCCACCUGUACAAGCUUGCUCUCUCUCGGUGAGCGGCACAAUCUUGCAGAAAAGGGUGGGAUGGAGUCGUCCGGACAAGUGUUGCUGGCUUUGGGGCUGUUGCUGGGCCUCUACACCUUGUUCUACCGGACGUUCAUCAAAGGGAAGGAGUGCCGGAACAAGACCAGCCUCCGGGGCAAGACCGUUCUCCUCACCGGUGGGAACAGUGGGAUUGGGAAGGCCACGGCGCUGGAUCUGGCCCGCAGAGGAGCCAGGGUCAUUGUGGCAAGCCGUAACAGGAAGCUCGGGGAAUCUGCCGUCAGCGAGAUCCGGAAGGAAAGCGGGAACAACGAAGUCAUCUUCAUGAGCCUGGACUUGGGCAGCCUGCGUUCAGUCCGAGCUUUUGCGGAGGCCUUCUUGCAGUCGGAGCUCAAGCUGGACAUCCUCAUUAACAACGCAGCUGUGAUCUGCAAAGGCAAAUCCGAGGACGGCUUCGACGUGACCUUCCAGGUGAACCACUUGGGCCACUUCCUUCUGACUCACCUCCUCCUGGACCGCAUCCAGCAAUGCUCUCCCAGCCGCGUGGUGAUCGUUUCCUCUGACGUCCAUCGCAGAGGGACCAUCGACUUCCAAAAGGUCCACAAACCAGUGGAGGGAUACCUCAACGCCUUCCAGUCGUACUGCAACAGCAAACUGGCCAACGUCUUGCACGUCCGAGAGCUGGCCAAGAGGCUGGAAGGGACCGGCGUGACGUUUUACGCCGUUCAUCCAGGGGCUGUCCACACCAACGCCCUGCGCUAUUCUCCCGCCUGGGUGCAGUAUCCCUACCUAGUCUUCACCUGGCUCUUCUUCCGAGACGCCAACAACGGGGCCCAGACCUCCAUCUACUGUGCCACGGAGCCAGGCCUCGAGUCGCUCAGCGGGAGCUAUUUUGACAACUGCCGGCGAGCUGACACCGGUCCUCUUGGGCGGGAUGACGCUUUGGCCACAAAGCUCUGGGAAUUCAGCGAGAGGCUGGUGGGACUCUCCCCUUAGACGAUAUCUUUGUUCCAGACAUUCUCGUCUUUGGAGGGAUCCAUGGAAGGAACCCUCUAUGCCUUUGGCUCCCACUAAAAGGCCAGUAACUUAAUAAUAGUCUUUAGUUCUUGUGAGUAUUAUACUACCUAACAACUUUUUUAAAAAAAUCUGUUCCUGGUUUGAAAGUGUUCUUUCCUCUUUAUUUAUUUACAUUUAUAUGCCGCCCUUCUCACCCCAAAGGGGACUCAGAGCGGCUUACAAAUUACAUUCACAUACAAUACAUUAUAUUAUUGGCAUAGUACAAUACUAGCAUUAAAUUACUAUAUUGUACUAUAUCAUUACAUUGUAAUAUUAUUAGUAAUAUUACAU